CUAUGGGCGCCUCGGGCAGUGCUCCUACCACUCCCGUGCCCGGUCCCCUCCGCAACCGCCACCUAGCUCACGUUAGCGAUCCGCGCUCCCCGAGUGCCGGCAUCCUGCGCACCCCCAUUGAGGUGGUGAGCUCCCCCGCCGGCAGCCCCCAGCCCGGGCCUGCCCAGGCAGGCGCUCAGGACGCCGACCCACGCUCUCCGACGCCCGGCAUAUCCCGCACGCCCAUGAAGGACACGCAGAGCGACAGCGUGGAGAGCCUGGUCAGGCAGCUCGGAGAGGCCUUCGCCGUCGACACCGCGCCCCCGGAGCCUCCGCCACCCGCAGCAGCGCGCGCGUGUGAAGAGCCAGCCUUGCGGGGCGCCGCGGAGCUGCAGCCCGACAGGGGCCCCGAGCCCGGCUGCGAGGCGACCCUGCGGCCGCACCGCUGUGCCGGGCCCGGCCUGGCCUCUGUGAACAAGCAUGCAAGACGCAAGGCCAGCAACAAGAUCUUGGCAACCUCUGGUGGGGUUGUCCGUUCUCCCUUCAGUAUCCUACAAGACGAUAAUUCCCCCAGUGCUCCUGUCCAACGUCAGGUUAAGAAGCACAUACUGGGGGAGAACCCUGGGGAGAAGGAUGUGGCAGUGGAUCUGAGCAGGAACCUCAAAGCUGGGAACUGUGCUUGGAGUGAUUUAAACAAAGAAAACCAACAGUGUCCUUUUGUGGAGAACUAGAGAUUUCUUUUCCAAAAAUCUUCCUGUAAUUCUCUUUUCAGAGAGUCCUCUAGGACUGGGAAAUCUUGAAAUCAACUAAGACUCCAGACUCAUGAUUUAUCUUCACCUUUUUCUGUUGGGAAGAUAAUACUCUUAACCUUAUGUAUAUUCAUAUACGUACAGGCUUUGGUUCUCCGUAGGCUGUACUGACUGUAUAGUUCUUAUAGUAAAUAAAUUAAUCUUAAAACUUA